AUUACAAGAAAACUGUAACUGAUUCAGUAAAGCCAGUCGUAAGCAGCUUUAUUUACCGGUGGGUUAUGUACAAGCUGCUGAAAGAAGAUGUGUGGAGGACUGUCAGUCACAAGGCUGAGGAGACUCCCGAGGAUGGGCAGUGAGGGGAGGCUUGGAGGAGAUCUGUCACCUGGCACAAAUCCAUUCAUCUUCCUUUUGAGAUACAGCGCUGCCAAAGUUACUGCAGAGAACAGGAAUGAACAGAGAAGCCAUUGCAGGCUACUCAGUCAGGCAGCGAGAAAUAUGGUCAUUCAAGAAGAUGCAAUUCUGCAUUCUGAAGAUAGUCUACGGAAGAUGUCUAUUAUAACAACCCACUUGCAGUAUCAGCAAGAGGCCAUUCAAAAGAACGUAGAACAUUCCAAAAACCUGCAGGACCAGCUUAAACACUUGAUGAAACAAUGAAGCCCUUAUAAUAACAUGAUGUGAAUAUUGCAUUAUCUAGUUUUUCAUUGAUUUUUUUUAAACAGUCGAUCAAAUAAUUUUUUUGAGGCUGCAGAUGAUAGCUUAUUGCAUAGCAGAUUGC